CAAAACACACUGCAAAUUAUCUUUGUAGUUAAUGCUACAGCAUUUUGUCUAGUGGAGCUUCAGAUAUUAAGUCUAUAGUUAAAAUAAGGUAAUUUUCAGCCCAGAUAUUUUAUUGUCCAUAUAUGUAAAAGUAACAUAUGUAAUUAUCACCCUAAGAGACCUGAAUUAUCACUAAAUUAUAAGGUAUCAACUGACCGAGAGAUGCUAUGCUAUAAUGAAAAACAUCACAUUUCAAGAAAAACUUUCCAGGAAAGAGGUUGUUUGAGCAGUAAAUUAUAAUCUAUCUAAGAGGGAAUUAGUAACUAAAGCGGUAAUGAUGAAUGCUACUGGGGACAAUGUAACAGACAUGGUGAAUGGUUCUACUGCCAUUAAAGAUCAAAGCUAUGUGAACGAGGUGAUUGAAACAGCGGAGAAAAUGCACUACAUCAGUAGUGGAAUCUGUGUCCCUAUCUUCAUGGUGAUAGGCAUCAUUGGAAACCUGCUUUCCAUUAUCGUCUGGCGGAAGAAACCACUUCGCUCAUCGACUGGAUUGUAUUUGAUUGCACAAGCCAUUAAUGAUAUCGGAGUUCUUGUGUUCGUAUUUCUGUCCGACAGCUUGGUGAUGCUAUUCCCAACACUCAAGAGUAGAUAUCAGUUUGGAGUGUUCCACUCUUACAUCGGGUUCCCAAUCUUCUACUUCUUUGUUGUCAACAGUAUAUGGACACUGGUUGGUGUCACUGUCGACAGGUACAUCCAGGUAUGCUGGAUCACUCAGGCUAAGGUAUUGUGUACUGACAAGGCUGCUAAGACAGGCAUUUUCCUGAUAACAACGUUGUGUUUCAUAAUCAACACCCCACACUUCAACACAUACUACCCUAUCAACACCAUUGACCGUAAACCAGGGGAACCAGCCUACCGCUAUACAGAAUUUGGUGCAGGAACAGGAAGCCAGAUGUAUGAAUUCUGGGUACACUGCAUGUUCCUGGUACUGGCUCCCUGGCUUACUAUUCUCAUUCUCAACAUGGCCAUCUUACGCCGGGUAACAAGCCUAAACAAGACAAUGCUGCAGAACCGUGGUGAGAUUGCUCAGAUGAAAGCCCAGCGCAGAGAAAAUCAGCUGACUAAACUCCUUCUGACCGUGACCUUCACCUUUCUUGCCUUGAUUGCACUUCAGUGUAUCACACAGUGCUUCUUCAUGAUGAAGCCAGAAUUUGCGGACACCAAUGUUGUCAGCGAGUCAUACGCCAUUGCCAAGCUUGGCAUUGUCAUCAACUCCUCCAUCAAUGUGUUUCUCUACUGCGUGUCUGGAAAAAGGUUUCGCCGUGAAAUGCUACUGUUCCUGUACAGCAUUAUGGGCUGUAGGUUCAUGGUUCCAAUGCCAGACACCAGCGAGCUGUAUUCAGUAGAGAGGCGCAAGGCCAGUCAGCUGAGUGAUGCUGAGAGUCAGAAAAGCUGUGACAUGCAAACAACCAUCAAGAGGAUGGAUACACCUCUUGAAUGAUUACAACAGGGUAUUUGUCAGUCAACUUUUGUCACUAGCUUUGAUUCUUCACCCUCAAAGAUUUUAAUGACUUCUUAAACUUUCAUAACUCAUUUAAGAAACUUGAACAACUUUAGUCUUUGUAUUUACUAUGUGUUGUUUCCUCACCAUAUGCCUUAAAAGCUUUCUUACUAAUUACAUGUUCUUAUACCAUCAACAUAAAACCAAAAUUUCCUUUUCAGUAUUUGAGGCUUUAUGAU